GGGAGCCAGUGUGGGACGCACGCAUUUCCGCCUUCUCUCAGGAUUCUCAGCCUUGGUCUUGUCUGAGCUCUGGAUACAUUGUGUGGAAUUCCUGCAGAUACAGAGUAACAGCAAGGGUCCGUCUUCUAGAUCUUCAGCUAGCAUGACCACACAGCAGAACGGAGGAUGGCUCGGACCCCUAGAUCCUUGCAUGAACUUCAGGCGAUAGGAGAACAAACUGGAAAAGUCCUGAACAUUAGCUUUUGAAAAGUGAUUUACUAUGACACUAGGAACUACUGGCAAACUGCAAAACAAGUCGCCAGAGCAGCAAUUCCUACAAACCCACUCCUGGAGCUCUCAAUGAUCCCAACUCAUCCAAUACUUCUGUGGACUUCACCUGGGGCAGAGAGGACCUACCCUGCACUCUGACUGCGGCAACUAACCUGCCUUCUGUGCUAUGGAUGCUACCUGUAGAAUGCACAGUGAGUUAUCAUGUUGCUCAUGACUCUAGAAUACAUUAUGUGUUGAAGCUGGCAAUCAGAGUGUUUUAUACCUUGAACGUUCUAAACUUGAAAUUAAGUCACUAAAUAAUGUAACCCUGCGAGAUGGUUAGAACUUGGGGUUCCAAUGCACAAUUAUCUAGAAACACUCCAAUAGAACUCCAAGCAAUCCUGCACACAGGGAGGGGAUGCACACAGUUGGGUUGCUUUGUAACCUGCCCCAAGUGACAUGGAAAAAUCUGUCAUUUUAGAGCUGCUGAUGUUGGUAGCUUGCAGCCUCUGCUGUUGUCUGCAGCACAAAUGCCCAGAGCCAUGUGACUGUCAGCACCUCCAUCAUAUCCUUUGCUCCAACAGAGGAUUGCAUGCAGUACCCAAAUUCACCCCUCCUUUUAGUCCUAGUGGAACCAAAACCUACAGUCUGGGAGGAAAUUUUAUCUCCGUUGUCACUGGUUUGGAUUUUCAACAUUUUCCUCAGUUGCAGCGACUAGAUCUGCAAUACAAUAAGAUCCAGUUCAUCCAUCCCAAAGCUUUUGAGAAGCUCAGUCAGUUAGAGGAGUUGUACCUUGGAAACAAUCUUCUCCCCACGCUUGCCCCUGGUGCUUUGUUCCAACUUAGGAAACUUAAAGUUCUAAAUGUGAAUGGUAACCGGCUCCACAAUGUUAGCAGGGCCAGCUUCUCCAAUUUGGUGUCUCUGAUUAAAUUGAGAUUAGACAAUAAUGUCAUCCAGAAUUUGCAGGGUUCACCUUUCUCUGCUCUCUCGAACUUGAUGUAUUUACAUCUAGAGAAUAAUAAAAUCACCAACAUAAGCAAAAAUGCUUUUUCUGGACUGGGAAAGCUGCGUCUUCUCAGCAUGUCUGGGAACCCUCAGAAUUCUCUUCGACAUGCCACCUUUUUACCUCUCAGGUCACUCAGCACCCUCAUCAUGGCUGGAAACAACCUGCAACAGUUGGGACCAGGUGCUUUUCAUGGAUUACAAAGGUUAUCGAAGCUCAUUCUCAGUUUAAACCAACUUUCUUUGCUCCAUAAUAUGACAUUCAUGGGACUUGAUGCACUGCAGGAGCUCUAUUUGGAUGGCAAUUUGUUAAAACAGCUCCCUGAAGGCCUAUUGGUGCCAUUGCACAAUUUGGAGAUCCUGAAUCUGAGCCGCAAUGCACUGUCCAGCUUGCUCCCUGGAACGUUCAGUGGAGUAAGUCGGCUGAGGGUGCUGGAUUUGCAGCACAACAUGCUCAGCUUUCUGUCUGGGGAAUCGUUUACAGGGAAUCCAGUGCUCUAUCGCCUGUUAUUGGAUGGAAAUCGCUGGAACUGUGACUGCCAUGUGUUGGGACUCAAACAUUGGAUUCUGGGAAUUCUGCAGACAAGGAGCCGCAUGCUAACGGUGUUUGUGCAAUGCUGGGAGCCCAAGGAAGUUGCAGGAAAAUAUUUAGACUAUUUAGAAGAUACAUAUUUACAAGGGGUAGGAGGUUGUGUUGUUAAUGCCACACCUGCUGGACAGGAACAAGAACUGAUUAGCACUGUAAGACAUAAGGAGGGGGUACGGCAUCUUUCUGCAAAAAGAGGAGAGAGUGAGCCGUUAGACAUAACAACGAGAAGCCCUCAGAAAGAUGUUUUGCGGCUUCCUAUAUCCACAUUGUCAUCACAAAGUACUUCAACUCUUGAAACUGUUGCAUCAAGGCCACAGCUCAAAUCCACAAAAAGGCCACUGGGCAGAAAAAAGCAAAGUCCAGCAAAACAUCAUGGUGUGGAGAUAUCACUCAGGAGAAAAGGCGGUAACGUGCAGGAUGCCGCGGGUACGUUACAUCAGCUGCCUGCACGUACCAGAACUGCACAUCUUGCAGAACCUGAUAUGAACUUGGUUAGACCUAGCCAGCUGUAUCUAGAUUCUGAAAAACCUCACUCUACUCCACCUAAGCCAGCUACCCAGACAUUGAGACCUUUGCAUUCCAAGCUUCAAGAUGGUCUUGUUGCUGCAUCACUUGCACCAGGACAUGAUACGUUGCAUUCCUCUUCCUCCCAGUAUUUGCACUCAGAGCUCCCUGGCACCUUAAGCCCUACAUCUGCGAGACCACAGACAGAUGGGCAGAAAUCUAAAAUGCUAACAUUUCCCAAGGAUCACACUGCAGUUAAAACUAGUCCCAAUAAUGUACCAAACGAUGGCACCUUGCACCAAAGCCAUCCUGACACCAUGGAACCUUUGUUUAAUUCAUUCCAAGAUGAAACUGAUCUUUCCCUUCCAGCAGCUGAGACCUUGCAUCAGGUUGCUCCAUCUUUUCUGUCUGACCCAUGUGAAUUUAACAAGCUGUACUUGUUGAACCUGUCUGUAGAGUCCGUAGGAAGCAACACUGCUCGCGUCCGAUGGCAAAUUUUGAUCCCUCACACUCAUGGCCCUGUCUUCUUCAGGGUUCUGUAUGAACGUUUUGGGCAGAGUGGUCGUUUCCAGCGUUUUGUUUACCCACGUGGGCCAGCGGAAACCCUUACCUUGCAGGAACUCACUGCUGACACUCCAUAUUUAGUGUGUGUGGAGAGUAUAAUAGGUGGAAGAGCAUGUUCUGUUGCCCCAAGGGACCAUUGUGUUGGGCUUGUGACCUUACCAUCUGAUGAUGACCGCCCUUUCCUAAACUAUCAAAUGCUAGCCCUAGCACUGCUUGCCCUCAAUGCCCUGCUGCUCCUCUUGGGGUUGGUUGCCUGGGUGGCUCGGGCCGCCCGUAGGAAAUGGUGUCGGAGAAGGGCCCCUGUCCAUGUUCGCCAGAUGUACUCUACACGCCGCCCCUACAGGUCUGUGGGUACAGGGGUGUCUACUGAUUUCUCAGGUUUCCAAUCUCACCGACCCCGUACUACAGUUUGUGCCCUGGGAGAAGCAGAUCUUAUUGAGUUUCCUGGCUGUGAUCGCUUCAGGGAGGGUGUAAACUUACACCGAGAAGAUCUUCUGCAGAGAUUCACAGACUGACCCUCCUAUACAUCAAUGUGGGCGAUGUGACAAAUUGGUAACAGAACAUUUCACGAGACAUGUUUCAAAGUUGCUGAUUUAGUGCAACUUUGUAACUGAUCUGUCUCUGCCUUAUGAAUAUUUAUUGUGGUCAAAGUAAAUGAGUUCAAUUAAAGUAACUCCAUAUGCAAUAGGAAAAAAAAAACCAGGACAUAGAAUAUUACAUAAUUGGUACCACGUAAAGCAAAGAAGGCCGUAAACUGUUUUUGGCCAGAGUUGUAAUUUGUUUUUAAACAUAUUAAUAAAUUUACUAUUUAUUCCAAAUCUGGAAUAACCAGCGCAGUAGCUGUUAGUGCUUGGGCAGAAAUUCCAAAGCCAAAAAAAGUCACCUUCCAUCAUGAAAUCUGGCUAGAGAUAUAUAGUAGGAGGUACACUAAAGUGUGAAUUGUCUGGAAUAUAAAGUGAAUUUAACAUUUUAGUCUAAAAAAGCUGAAUUUGGAUAAGUUUCUCAAAAUGGUUAUUUUGGCCUAAAAUUAAUUAAAAAUACCAGAUAGUUUACACCAGGGGUGGCCAAUAGGCAGAUCCCCAGAUGUGAGACUACAACUCCCAUGAUAUUUUGCAUGUCUUUAAAAUACCUUUUUAGUAUGGCAAAACAUCAUGAAAGUUGUAGUUUUAAAACACCUGGGGCUUUAGCUAUUGGGCACCCUUGGUUUACACGUUGGUGACAAAAGAGAUGUUCCAAGAUGAAACUUAAACACUCUCAGCCACUUUCUUCAAGCUCUGCUAUUUUCCCCUGUAUUUUGCAAAGCCUUUGUCAACAUAAAUCCCAAUUUAUUGCGUAAACGCCUUGGUAUCUGGCGAAGUAUAGUGAUAGUCCUAUUCCACAGCACAAAGGGCUUCAGAAGAAUACCAGCAUGCAGAUUUGACAUGCCUCUCUUGGAAGAUACAUUCUUAUACAGUAUCUAAGUAACUUGCUUUAAAAAGCUAUGAUUGCCAAAGGUUUGUUUAUUGCCUGCAAUGUAUGAAAGAAAUGGUGACAUGGGACCAUAUUUUACUAGGUUAUGUCUAUUCAGUGAUUAACAUGCCCCAGAAGAAGGAAAAAAUCUGAGAAGCUAGAAAUGACCAAGAAAUUCUCAAGGUUUUUCUCCAAUAUGAUUCUUGCCUAGUAAUAUGGUCAGUAUUUAAAAAAAAAAAAAAUGUUUUUUUAAAUGUAUUUCUUUAAAGGAAAAUCAACCAUGAUAUUAAUAUUGUGUUACUUAUUGCCACAAAGCCCUGUGUCUUUGUAAUCCAGGCCUAAGAAGUUUGUCUGGUUUCACCUAUGGAUUUUCUACAACUGAUUCUUUUCCAGAGGGUAUAAGGGGGAUUCCAGUAUGGAAGAAGUCCCCAUUUUUUAAAGUAUUAUAUAACUAAAUAGAUGCCUAAAUAUAAUAAUGAUACUUUCUGUAUCUGUUUACUUUCCCAAAUUUGAAGUGGCUCAGCCGGUGCAUCCUUAUGCCAUAACCUAUGCAAGGAGCAUAAAUUGUUAAAAAAAAAGUGUAGACUUUUUUUUAUAUAAACAAAAUGUUGUCACAAGUACCGUCCACCGGGAGUGACAGCUUAAACACUCUCUACCUUAAAGGGACACUGUAGUUGCCAAAACAAUGUUGUCUUUAUUAAGCAGUUUUUUUUUAUAUAGCUCAUGCCCCUGCAGUUCCACUGAUCAAUUCUCUGCCAUUUAGGGGUUAAAUAAUUGUGUUUAUGCAGCCCUAGUCACACCUCCCUGCAUGUUACUCCCUGCAGCCUUCCUAAACACUUCCUGUAAAUAGUCAUCUAAUGUUUACACUCCCUUUAUUGCAAAUACUCUUUAAUUUAGAAUUUUGUGUUUCCUGUUCUGUUAACAGCUUGCUAGUAAUUAAAUUUAAUAAUAAUAUAAUGAUUAAAGCUCAAUUUACAGAGAAGGAGAUAAACAAGUUUAACAUUAGUUACAUGUGAUUGAAAAUUAAACCAUUUUGUUUUCAUGCAGGUUGUGUCAGUCACAGCCAGGGGAGGUGUGUCUGGGGCUGCAUAAACAGAAACAAAGUGAUUUAACGUCUAAAUGGCAGGGAAUUGGGCAGUGAAACAUCAGAGGCAUAAUCUGUACACCAAAACUGCUUCUUUGGUGACUAUAGUGUCCCUUUAACUGCUUUACCUCAUUGAUUUUGUUAUGGUACCUGGAGUUCUUUGGUGUAGUCUCACUCUUCAAUUGUUAAAACUGUCUGUCUGUAAUUGGAUAAACACUCUGCUGCGUCGUGUCUAGAAAAUAUCAUGGAUGUGUCAAACCUAGCUUGCUGUCAAAGGAAGCAGCCAUAUUUACCGUAAAACCUGGGGCAAAAGGGUAGAACUGAGAAUAAUUUUAUUGAAAUACAGCAGAGAUUAUUGACUAAACUCAAAUCAAAAUCCAGCAGUUAGGUUAAAAUUGUCAGACUGUGACUAUAGCUGAGUUUUAAUUUGUUACUAAUUUUGAGUUUAGUGAAUAUAUCUAAAUUUGUUUUUGUUUUUCUAACAUUUGCUGACUGUUAAAAGAGUAAAGGUACGCUUCGUUAGGAGAUGACAGAUUCACUUUAAUUAAUUUUAUGACAAGCUAAAGUGUAGUAGUAAUUGCACUAGCAGGUCAUCACAAAGUUCACAACUUCACGAAAAUCAUACAGAAACCGUACAGGUACCACCAGAAGCUGCCUCUUCGUUUACUGCAGCAAUGGUUACUUCUAGCUAUUGAAAUGAAUGCAGAACAUAAAUUGGUUUAAUGAUGUACUAAAAGCUUUAUGUCUCAGUAUGGGAAUGUAAGAGACAUGCCAAAAUCAACAUAACUUAAAGGGACACUAAAGUCACCAGAACAACUCUACUUUAAUGUAGUUGUUCUGGUGUCUACAGCCUGUCCCUGCAGGCUUUUUAUUGUAAACACUGCUUUUUCAGGCACUCAGCCAGCCACUAGAGGUGCUUCCUGGGUCAGUGCUGCACAGUGUCUCCAGGCUCUGCAUGGAGAUGCUGAACACUGCCCAUAGAGUUGCACUGCUUCAGUGCCUCUCUACGAGGAAUACAUGUUUAUAUUUCUGACACUGUAGUGUACCUUUGAAACAAUAAUGAAACCUUAAAGAAACACUCCAAUCACCAUAAUCACUAUAGUGGCUGUAGUGGGUAUGGUAACAGGAAUGCCCUGGUGCGCCCUCAGAGUAAGUAGUCAAACAAUUUUAGAAUGGUUCAAAACUUACAUAGGUCCCACUGACUACUUACUCUGGGAGGACACCAGUGCACCACUGGCACCAUAUCCACUUCUUUAAUAAACAAUAAUUACUGUUCCCUUAAUAUAUUCAUAUUCUGGAAAUUAAACAGAAUUGAUGGGGAGACAUAAGUGGUUAAUUUUUAAUGAAUUUCUUAGCAAAAUAAUUAUCCCCUUAGCUUGAACCACCUACCCUUAACAUGACAACAAGGGUGAGGACAGCUUUAUUGUCCUUUGUUUAACUAGUGCCAACGUAUUCUACAGUGCUGCAUAAUAUUAAUUCUGUCAUGUCUGUAGUGAUAUAAAAGAGUUGAAUUCGAAGAAUGUCACCAGUUCAACUACUUAGGUCUAAAAUUUAAAUAUCACUCAGAAUUCCUGACCCUUCACAUUAAUAGCCUUAUUGAUGUCCUGAGAAAUAAAAUAUUGAAAUGUAUUUUUGUUUUAUUUUGUUUUUCCUAACUUAUUUGUUUCAUAAUCUGUGGGUAUUAUUGCAAUUAAAAUACUAUCUUUGUAAUUUUUUUGUAGCACUCCAUAUUAUUACUAAUAAUCCUUUUUUCUGGACUAAACACCGUUAAUGUAAAAAAUUCUUACAUUGUUUACAAACCUGCAACUUAUUAUAUAUAUGUUCUUGUCCAAAACAAAUAGCCAUGUUGUAAAAUACAAACUGUGUUGUUUAUAAAUUUCCAGAUUGAUUGUGACUCAUUUUGAGUUUGGUGCCAAAAUGAGAGCUCUGAUGACUGCAAGGAAUUAAAGGGACAGUGUACAACAUACUGUGAAAAAGCGCAGUGAUAGCCAUUUAAUCCAUGUUUCAACAUUUUGAAUCUGGCUUAAGCCAAGCUUAUUAAUAAACCAUUGUGUCUUGUAUAUUAUUAUAUUUGUGUUAAACAUUGUUUUAUAUGGCAUUAGCCAUAGUUAACACCUUCUCGUUUAUCAUUUUCAGAUACUUGCAUUUACUUAGGCAAGUGUGAUUUCUUUUCAUGGGUGCUUUUGUUAUACAAUUUAGUAAUGACUGGUCAGUGAAUGAAACACAUAAUUGUGGUUAUAGAUCCUUUUUUGUAGACCAAUCAAAACUUUGGCAAUAAUAUUGUAUACUAUGUAUUGUGUACUGCAUUGACAAUCAAUGCUGAAAUUAUUACAUAGUGUCACCCACCAGUUUAAAUGACUAAUUUUGUAAGCAAUGUGUAAAUUAUGCUAGCUGCACCAUAGUUAUUAUAAGUGGGCCUUUUAAAUUGUGACAUCACAAUGCAGCCUAUAUGCAAAUCAGAUAAUUUAAAAGGGAAUACUGAAUUUGAAUACCAGGUCCCAGCAAGAUAUCAGGCAGAUUAAAUAUUCUUUUGGUUUUCUUCUUAAAAUUGACUUUUGCAUAUAGUGUAUUAAAUGUAUUGUAUACUGUAAAUGCAUAUUUAAGUGACAACAAAAUCCCUUUUAAAAUUUCAGAAAUGUGAAAAUUCUCUAUAUUUUUUUAAGGCUUUGAAAAACCUGGUCAGCUUUAAAGCAUCACUUAGUUAGCAAACGUCACCUGCUAUAUCAGAGACCAGAUGAGCACAUAGUGUACCGAGUCAAUCACAGUUGAUGCUAAUGUGUGUACUGUGAUAACUAUUAACCGGUGUAUAACUUGACCCACCUGGAUGCAUGAAUGGUGCCUUAUUGGAUGAGAACCCUGCUGUUAUUACCCAACAGUAAUGCCAUAGAAAAACCACUAACAUUUAUAAUGUAUAUUAUUUUGCAUAUUUCAUAUCACUGGAUAUUCUUCCAAUGGGAGAUGCAAAAAUGUUUUGUUUUGUUACUUACACAGCAUUUUUGUACAUGUAAUAUAAUGGUGCUCGAACUUUGUGUAUUUCUUUGAUCUUUCCUACAAUUAAAUGACUUCUUUUGGUUUUUUUAAGAAA